GGACAAAUCAGGAAUCAUGUGAUGUAGACGCCGAAAGCGAAUAAACAGGCCCAUCGUUACUAAAGAUGCGCCAUAAUUGCAAAGAAAGAAAAAAAAAAAUUCGGAAUCUUACACCUACAAAUACAAAAAUGUAACGUAACAAAACAAAUCAAAAUCAUAACAACAAUACCUAAAAAACCAAAGGAGAACGGGUAUCUCUUCUCUUCCAUCAUUCACACCCGUUCUCCUCCAUUCAACGUCGUUAGGUUUUUCGCGAUCCAUCGUAUUAAUCGAUUCAAAUCGCCGAUCAGAGAAAAAAACCUUGACGUUUGGUGUAAUUAACAGGUUAUUGUUGUGAUUCAAAUAGAAAUAGAUAAAUAGGCUUUUUUGUUUUGUUGAUUUGUUGAUGAAUCAAAUUUUUGCUGAAUUGAAUUGGCUUGUAAACAUAGCCAAUUCUUCGAAUCUUCGUGUUCGUAAGCCAUUGCAACAAUCUACUCCAAUCUCUUUCUCCAGAAGUAGAUGGGAUAAGGAGUUUUCUCAGCUACAGAGUGGAUAAAUUAGGUUUCAAAUUUCAAUCAAAUUCGUGAAACUUUUUGAAAUAAUAAUAAUGGAUUCUUCCCAAGGUUCUACGUUGGCUGGUUUGGUGAAUAAUGCAUCUAUUAAGAGGGAUGAAUCUAGACUCGAUCGUGUUCCUGUUUAUGUUAAGGAGCUAAUUGCUGGUGGCACUGCUGGUGCGCUUGCUAAAACUUCCGUUGCGCCUCUCGAACGGGUCAAGAUACUUUGGCAGACAAGGACCGGAGGAUUCCAUAAUCUUGGAGUGUACCAGUCUAUGAAUAAGUUGCUUAAGCAUGAAGGUUUUCUAGGAUUAUAUAAAGGAAAUGGAGCCAGUGUUAUCCGGAUUGUUCCAUAUGCAGCCUUGCAUUUUAUGACAUACGAGCGGUAUAAAAGUUGGAUCCUGGACAAUUAUCCCAUGUUAGGAACGGGUCCUUCUAUCGAUCUUUUAGCUGGCUCAGCAGCUGGGGGAACUUCAGUUUUAUGUACAUACCCCUUAGAUCUUGCCCGUACCAAACUUGCUUAUCAGGUGGUGGACACAAAAGGAUGUAUCAAAGAUGGUAUUAAAGGAGUUCAUUCUCCACCCGUAGGUCCUGUACAUAAUGGGAUUAAAGGUGUACUUACAAGCGCCUAUAAGGAAGCUGGAGUUCGUGGACUUUAUAGAGGUGUAGGUCCAACCCUUACUGGAAUUCUUCCAUAUGCUGGUUUAAAGUUCUAUACGUAUGAGAAGUUGAAGAUGCAUGUUCCUGAAGAACAUCAGAAGUCCAUUUUGAUGCGCCUUUCUUGUGGAGCUCUAGCUGGAUUGUUCGGACAGACUUUAACGUACCCUUUGGAUGUUGUUAAGAGACAAAUGCAGGUUGGGAACCUGCAAGAUGCAGCUAAUGGUGAUGCCAGAUACAAGAAUACAUUUGAUGGACUUAGGAAGAUUGUUCGAAAUCAAGGGUGGAAGCAGUUGUUUGCAGGCGUGAGCAUUAACUACAUAAGGAUUGUUCCGUCAGCUGCAAUUAGCUUCACCACAUAUGACAUGAUGAAGGCUUGGCUUGGAGUACCACCCCAACAAAAGUCUCGGUCGGUUUCAGCAGGAUAAUUUUCGGUGCUCACUUGUUGAUAGCAAGAAUUUACUAUGACUUGACUUCAUUAUUACAGGGAUAGACAUAUAGAGAGUAUCACUUCAUUUGACUUGUACAAAUUAUUGUUUAGAGGAACCCUUGUGAUUAUAUUGAUCAAUACUCUAGUUUGAUUAUGAUAUCAUCUAGAGAGUUCCUUCACUUUGCUACUUCAUUACUUCUUGAACCGUCUAACUGUGACUCUAGUUUAAUUGUAGAUUUGUCAGAAAUUGUGGAUCCAAUGCAAUACUAUUUCACUA